AUGUCGCGGGCCAUGAUUCCAAGCCAACAGAAGUUGGCGGAGAAGCUGACAAUUCUGAAUGAUCGAGGUCAGGGUAUGCUGACUCGGAUUUAUAACAUCAAAAAGAUGUUAGGAAAUCCUGAGAAUAAGCCAUCAUUCUUGUCUGAUAAAUCAUUAGAAGCAGGUAUUAAAAAUGUAAUGAAGAAAUUCCCCCAGUAUGACAUGAAGUCCAACCAGUUGAACAGCAUCAAUGCUAUGAAAGGAGAUAUUGUAAAAGGAUUACAGUUAUAUUACUAUACAUUUGUUGACAUCUUGGAUUUUAAGGAUCAUGUAGUAGAUUUAUUAACAACUAUUGAUGCCUGUCAAGUCUACAUGGAUAUUACGUUAAAUUUUGAUAUAACCAGGAAUUACCUUGACCUGAUAACAACAUACGUGUCUAUCAUGAUUCUUGUAUCAAAAGUUGAAGAUAGAAAACUUGUGCUGACCUUAUUUAACGUAGCUCACGAAUUUCUACACAGUAAAGGAGACCCGUCCUACCCCAGACUAGGACAACUUGUGAUGGACUAUGAUCCUCCAAUGAAGAAAAUGGCUGAAGAAUUUGUCCCACAUUCCAGGUUUUUGAUGCCUGCGUUACUGUCACUACAUAAAAUCUAUCCUAAUCGUAAUAUACCAGCCAGUCAGAUGAGAUCGUUACAAGUACUCAGUUUAUUGUCUGAGCCGUUAAAAAUGUCCACUGUACCUAAUACUGACACAAUUCAGUGUGAUUAUCUAUCAGUAGAUACAAUGGAGAGAUGGCUUAUCUUUGGAUUGAUGCUGUGUUAUCAACAUCUAUCAGAGGCCCAGGUUUGGGAUAUGUGGAAAACAGCUCUACAAUCUAGUUAUAUUAUACAGUUAUGCCGAGAUGAGAUAUUACAUAUACAUAGCUAUGUUGUCAGUUUCUUCGAUAGCUUGAAAGGACAUAAUAUACAGGGUAAAAGAGUGAAUGAAGUCAAAGAUUUACAGGCUAAUGCUCUAACAAACGCACCAAGUAAACAUCGUGAAAUGAGGAAGUUUUUAAGAAGUACUUUACGUGAAUUAACUUUGAUAUUUACUGAACAACCAGGACUACUCGGACCAAAAGCUCUGUAUGUAGUUCAAGCGUUAUCAAUGACAAGAGAUGAGAUCAACUGGUUACUACGCCACGUUUUAAAUCCUCCGUCAAAACGACAUAACAUCAAAUUAUCACAAGAGGAUUUCUACGACAGACAGCUACCAGAGUUGUUAUUUUAUACAGAGGAAUUAAAGGGAUUGGUAAAGAAAUAUAACCAAGUUAUACAAAGAUAUUAUAUUCAGUAUCUCAGUGGUUAUGAUUCUGUUUAUUUAAAUCAACUGAUACAGAAUUUGUCGAUGUGUCCAGAAGAUGAAGCUGUUAUUUUAUCAUCGUUCUAUGGCAGUAUUUCUAGUUUGACUGUCAAACAAGUUGAAGAUAACGAGGUGUUUGAUUUCCGUGGAUUACGACUCGACUGGUUCAGACUACAGGCAUACACCAGUCUCAGUAAAGCUGGACUGGUAUUAAAAGAUCAUCAAGAUUUAGCUAUACAUAUGAACACUGUCACUUUCCAUACCAAGAUGGUGGACUAUCUUGAUGAACUGUUAAUAGAAACUGGAGAUUUAUCCAUAUAUUGUUUUUAUACGAAUUUAUUUGAACAUCAGUUUAAACAGUGUAUGGAAUUUCCAGCUCAACAUCGAUUUAGUAUUAUCUUUCCUAUGAUUUGUUCACAUUUUAUGAACGCUACACACGAUCUGUGUCCUGAAGAGCGUCAUUCUAUUGGUACUACGAGUGUACAAUACGCUCACUGGUUUCUUCGUGAAAUGUCAGAAGAAAUUAACCAGGUUAUAACAGCUAUCUGUGAAGAACAAUGUAUGCUUAGUUACAAGUUGUUACCAAAACACAGUGCAGCAGCCAUUUUAAACACAGCUCAGCGAAAGAAAAAACAAGAUAAGAAGAAACAGACGCAAGAACCAGAAAAACCUGGACAAGAAAGUAUGAGGAAAAACAGAGAAAAUUUCACAAGAAUGGACAAACUGCACAUGGCCCUGACUGAGUUAUGUUAUGCUAUAAAUUAUUGUAAUGUUAUACAAGUAUGGGAACACGGCUUUGUACCGCGAGAAUUCUUCUUACAACAAUUAGAGGCUCGAUUUAACAAAGCUCUGGUUGGUAUGAUGAUGUACAACCCUGAAACCAAUGAAAUAGCCAAACCCUCAGAGCUAUUAAACGGUGUACGAGCCUAUAUGAAUGUAUUACAGAGUAUUGAAAACUAUGUACAUGUAGAUAUGGCUCGAGUUUUUAACAACGUUCUUCCACAACAAACUCAACCCACAGACAGUACUGGUGAAAAAACUAUUACAGCUAACUAUACCAACUGGUAUUUAGAAGUAUUGUUAAGAAGAGUAACGUGUAAUGCUGGUCAUAUUGUCUAUUCACCCAGUCAGAAAGCUUUCGUUAGUAUUGAUCAUAGCGAGGGACAGUUCUUCGCUGCUGAGGAAUUCGCUGAUUUGACAGAAUUACGAGCUCUAAGUGAACUGAUCGGUCCGUAUGGAGUGAAGUAUAUGGGAGAGAGAUUAGUAUUAAAUAUUGCUAGUCAAGUUGAUGAACUCAAGAAAUUAGUGAUCAGUAAUAAAGACCUACUCAGUCAGUUACGAACCAGUUUCGAUAAACCAGAAGUCAUGAGAGAACUGUCUAAAAAACUCCAAAAUGUGGACAUUGUAUUAAUGAGAAUGACGAUAAUUGGUGUGUUACUGGCUUUCCGAUCCCUCGUACAAGAGGCUUUACAUGAUGUUUUAGAUGACCAUGUACCAUUUUUAAUGAGUUCAAUUCGAGAUAUACAUCACUACGUACCAAAUACUAAAGAUGCUAUGGUAGUCAAUGAAUUGGCAUCCUCCGCUGGGUUAGCCUGUGAUAUUGACCCUACUUUGUGUAAUGCACUACGAACCCUGAAAAGUGAACAUGCAGAAGAUGAAUAUAACUUGGCGUGUUUAUUGAUGGUGUUUGUUGCCGUGUCGAUGCCGAAAUUAGCCAGAAUGGAUUCCACUGUAUUUAAAGCUUCAUUAGAAGGUCAUAAAAAUAACAGUCACUGUCUAGCUAAAGCUGUCAAUGCCCUAGCAGGGGCUAUGUUUACUAUUUAUGGAUCUGGUGAUGUAGAAGACAGACUGAAAGAAUUUUUAGCUCUGGCAUCAUCCAGUUUAUUACGUCUGGGACAAGAACAUGAUAAAGAUACGAUUAAAAAUCGUGAAUCUGUGUAUUUAUUGUUAGAUCAGAUUGUACAAGAAUCUCCGUUUUUAACGAUGGAUCUGUUAGAAUCGUGUUUCCCGUACGCGUUAUUACGUAAUGCCUAUCACAGUGUUUAUAAAGCAUCUGCAGCUGAAUCCAGCAAAACUCUAGCGUGA